ACGCACCUACCUGUGGGACUGCUGGGAUAUCGAGCUCAAAGUGUGGAGUUGGACCAUAUUUUCCUUUAAAGCUUUUGAGUCUGAGGGGUUUCGUCUGGGACAGACAAACAAAUAGGUGAAACUCGGAAACUCAGGGCUCGUUACCAGGAGCGGCCUGCAGCAUGUCUGGAUCUUUACCGUUCUACCAGAAGCACCACCGCCACUAUGACCGUGGCUACCGCAACAAGGAGACGGCUUCUAAAAUGAGCCAGUACCAGGCCAGCAGCAGCAGCAGCAGCAGCAGCAGAUACUUUGCGGGCAGCAGCACCUCCGCCAGCAGCAGCAGCAGAGGACUUAGACUGUCUGGGCUGGAAGAGAGCCGACUGAGCCCCAUACCCAAGAGAACCAAGCCAACUUACUUGGCUGUGGAUAGAGAGAACCAAAUCAUCGGCUACGUAGUGCCUAUCUUCAGGGGCAGUCAAGAGUUUGCUACAGGAUAUUCGGAUACAGAGGAAUCAAGGGUGAGGGACAUGGCCCGCAGGGAUUUGUUCAGCAGUGGCCUGGAGAUGGAGAGGUCAGAGCUGAUCUCCAGGAAGGAGGCCAUGCGCGAGUCAGCUGAUCGCAUCUGUCUGAACAAAAGGAUCUAUGAUAAAGAGGAACACUCCAAGCGUAUGAACGAAGACAGCCUGAUGCAUCCCCCGGAGUUUGUGAUUAAACCUCGCUCCCACACUGUGUGGGAGAAGCAGUGUGUGCGGCUGCACUGCACCGUCACUGGCUGGCCUGACCCCCGGGUCGUCUGGUACAAAAACAAUGUGGCCAUUGAAUCGAUUGCAAACCCUGGCAAGUAUAAAGUUGAGAGCAGAUACAGCGUCCAUUCACUGGAUAUUAACAGAUGCGAUUUUGAUGACACAGCUCAGUAUCACGUCUCGGCUAUGAACUCCAAGGGGGAGCUCUCUGCGUUCGCCUCCGUUGUUGUUAAAAGGUUCAAAGGUGAAGUUGAUGAGUACCUGCCAGCUCCCAGACAUGGCCCAGUGUCUGAGUAUGGCAUCAACUUCCAGACUCACAUUGUUGAUAAGUUUGGUGUUUCGUUUGGAAGAGAGGGGGAGACCAUGAGUCUGGGCUGCACAGUCGUCAUCUACCCGGCCCUUCACCGCUACCAGCCAGAGGUCCAGUGGUACAAAGACGAUGUUCUGCUGUCUCCAUCUAAAUGGUACCAAAUGCACUGGAGCGGAGAAAGAGCCACACUGACGCUCGCGCACCUCAACAAGGAAGACGAGGGUCUCUACACCCUGCGAGUCACCACCAAGUCCGGAUAUGAAACCUACUCCUCCUAUGUCUUCGUCAGAGAUUCUGAUGCUGAGAUGGAAGGAGCCCCCGGAGCCCCUCUGGACGUUCGCUGUCUCGAUGCCAACAAGGACUACAUCAUUGUCACUUGGAAGCAGCCGGCUGUCGAUGGAGGCAACUCCAUCCUAGGUUACUUUGUGGACAGGUGUGAGGUUGGAACCAACCACUGGAUCCAAUGCAAUGACACUCCGGUCAAGUUCGCCCGUUUCCCUGUGACGGGUUUGGUGGAGGGUCGCUCUUACGUCUUCCGCGUGCGUGCUAUCAACAACAGUGGCAUGAGUCACCCGUCCAGAGUGUCCGAACCAGUGGCCGCCAUGGACCCGGCUGACCGCGCCCGCUUGAGAAGUACCUCUGCUCCCUGGACCGGCCAAAUCAUUGUAACAGAGGAGGAACCUGCAGAGGGCAUUGUUCCUGGCAGACCUCUUGAACUCCAGGUGACGGAGGCGACCAAGAAUUACGUGGUGCUGAGCUGGAAGCCGCCUGGAGAGAAAGGCCUGGAGGGAGUCAGGUACUACGUGGAGAAGUGUGUGUCGGGCACAGACAGCUGGCAGAGGGUGAACACAGAGAUCCCAGUCAAGUCCCCUCGCUUUGCGUUGUUCGAUCUGGCCGAGGGGAAGUCCUACAGCUUCCGCGUCCGGUGCUGCAACCCUGCCGGGGUCGGUGAACCCUCCGACCCGACGGAGGCCACCACAGUUGGCGACAAGCUUGAUAUCCCAUCAGCCCCCAGCAAAGUCGUCCCCAUCAGAAACACAGACACAUCAGUGGUCGUGUCUUGGGUAGCGUCCAGUGAUGCCAAAGAGUUGGUGGGUUACUACAUCGAAGGGAGCAUCGUGGGCAGCAAUGUGUGGGAGCCAUGUAACAACAAGCCCGUAAAUGUGACCAGGUUCAUCUGCCACGGUCUGACGACGGGAGAGAAGUACGUGUUUAGGGUGAGGGCAGUGAACGCAGCAGGGCUCAGCCAGUUCUCCCCAGAGUCUGAGCCUGUGGAGGUGAAGGCUGCUAUUGGGGGCGGCAUCCCUCAUGGUGUGUUGCCGGAAAAUGGGCCGGGGGGUAACGUUGGCCAACUAACUGAGCACAGGCCACGCUGGACGGGCGCGCAUGAAACUGUCCAGUCCUCCCCUGACACUAAGCAAAAGUGCAAUAAAAAAGCUCAGACUGACACUGGAGCCAGGGAGGGGGCCGGGGCUGCUGGGCCCGACCCCUCCGAGGGUAAAAACAAGGGGGGCAAGAGAGGCAGUGUGUCCCGGGCCCCUGACCUGGCAAAAGACCCGGUCCCAGAGUCCGUGUCAGGCUCGGUUUCUAACCCAAACACUGACAAAGACACAGCUACUUGCUUAGAGCCAGUCACUGCUGAGCUUCAGGAUGUAGAGACAGCCGACGGGCCUGAGGCAGCACAGGCACGUAAGUUCUCUGUAGAGGCUGACCCGGAGCCAGCCAGGCCGAGGAGGGAGUCGACAGCCUCCCCUGCUCCACCCUUUGGCAUCAGCGUCCUGGAGUGUGUGCGCGACUCCAUGGUGCUGGCCUGGAAACAGCCGAGCUUCAUCGGCGGUGCUGACAUCUCCGGCUACUUCGUGGAUUACCGUGACGUCAUCGAUGGCGUGCCGGGAAAGUGGCACGAGGGCAACAUCAAGGCUGUCAGUGAGAGGGCCUACAGAGUGUCCGACCUGAUGGAGAACAGGAAGUACCAGUUCCAGGUGCGAGCAGCCAACAUGGCCGGUGUUGGCAUCCCGUCCCUGCCCAGUGACACCUUCCUGUGUGAGGAGUGGACCAUCGCUGUGCCAGGACCUCCUCACGACCUGCAGGUGAGAGAGGUGCGCAACGACUCGCUGGUGCUGCUCUGGAAACCACCUGUGUACCAGGGCCGCGAUCCGGUCAACGGGUUCUACAUCGACAUCAAGGAGGAGGACGCCCCGGUGGAGGCGUGGAGAAGUGUCAACAACAAGGCCACGGAGAAGACGUACAUGAAGAUCAAGAACCUGAAGGAGGGAGAGGUGUAUGUGUUCCGGGUUCGUGCUCAGAAUAAAGCUGGUGUUGGAAAAACCUCUGAAGAGACAGAGCCGGUUUCAGCUGUGACCAAACCUGGCACUAAUGAGAUCGUUGUGGCUGUGGACGAUGACGGCAUCAUCUCCAUGAACUUCGAAUGCUGUGACCUGACCCCUGACUCCAAAUUCGUGUGGUCCAAGAACUACGAGGAGAUCACAGACCCCUCCCGCUUGACUAUGGAGACCAAGGGAAACAAAUCUAAAGCUGUCUUCAACACACCUGGAGAGGAGGACAUUGGCCUCUACUCCUGUAUCGUCACCCACACUGAUGGAGCUUCAUCCAGCUAUGAUCUCUCUGAGCAAGAGUUGAAGAGGCUGCUGGAGGUCAGUCACGACCAUAAAUUCCCCAUUAUUCCGCUGAAGUCAGAGUUGGCUGUGGAGCUGCUGGAGAAAGGCAGAGUUCGUUUUUGGCUGCAGGCCGAGAAGAUUUCCGCCGAUGGCAAAGUCGAUUACGUGUUCAAUGAGAACCUCAUCUCUCAGGGGGAGAAAUACAAGAUGAACUUUGACAAGAGCACCGGCGUGAUCGAGAUGAUCAUGGACUCUCUGACCCCGGCGGACGAGGGCACCUUCACCUUCCAGCUGAAGGACGGGAAAGCCACCAACCAGUCCAGCUUGGUGCUGAUAGGAGACGUGUUCAAGGGGCUGCAGAAGGAAUCAGAGUUCCAGAUGAAAGAGUGGAUCAGAAAGCAAGGUCCUCACUUUAUCGAGUAUCUGAGUUACGAGGUGACGCCAGAGUGCUGUGUUGUGCUGAAGUGCAAGGUCGGCAAUGUGAAGAAGGAGACCUCGGCGCUGUGGUACAAAGACGGACAAGAGAUCAAGGCAGACGAGCAUCUGGGCUUCACAGAGGGAGUGCUCAAACUGGAAAUAGCUCAGUGUGACUGCCCGGCAAACACAGCCGACAGCGACGUAAUCUGGAGAAAGAUAAAAAUUUCCAAGAAGGAUUCCGGUGUGUACGAGGUCGUUCUGAAGGACGACAGAGGAAAGGACACGUCCACGUUGAAUUUGACGGAUCAAGGUUUCAAGGACCUGAUGAAUGAAGUUUUUAGUUUUAUUGCCAAUUCCUCCACUCCACUGAAGAUCACAAGCACGGACGAGGGCAUCCGACUCUACACCUUCGUCAACUUCUAUAACGAUUUACUCCAAGUGACAUGGCACUACAAAGAUUCAGCCAUCUCCUUCUCUGACCGUAUAAAGAGCGGUGUGGUGGGGGAGCAGCUGUGGCUGCAGAUCACUGAGCCAACAGAGAAAGACACGGGCAAAUAUGCCAUCGAGUUCAACGAUGGAAAGGGAGGCCUGAGGAGGACCGUGGAGUUGUCUGGUCAAGCAUUUGACGACGCUUUUGCGGAAUUCCAGAGACUCAAGUCCGCUGCUGUUGCAGAGAAAGGUCGUGCUCGAGUAGCAGGAGGUUUGCCUGAUGUGGUCACCAUCCAGGAGGGCAAGGCCCUGAAUCUCACCUGCAACAUUUCGGGCGACCCCGUGCCAAAGGUCACCUGGCUGAAGAACGACAGGGAGAUCACGUCCGACGACCACUGCAUCCUGAAGUUCGAGUCCGGCAAGUUCGCCAGCUUCACCAUCACGGCCGUGAACACGUCGGACACCGGCAAAUACAGCAUCCUGGUGAAGAACAAGUACGGCACAGAGAGCGGGGACUUCACCGUAAGUGUCUUCAUCCCUGAAGAGGCGGCCAGCAAGAAAAAAUAGAAGCGGUCCAAAUCUCGUCGUAAAUAUGUAUAAAAGAAAAAAAAACACUGGAAAAAAAAUAUUUAAGGAGAAACAAAGGUGUGAGGAUGUUGUGAGGUGUUUGUGUAGAAUAAAAAAAUUAACUCUAGAGGUGCUAAAAUACAAAAUGUCCAACAGUUUAGACAGCACUAUGAAGAUUUGAUCCAAAGAAUCUGAUUGAACAUGAAGAGGUAUUUGUGACCCAUUCAGAAAUGUGACUCGGGCAAUUUUAGUUCUUGUUUGUGUAAAGUUGUGUUUGUGCAGAGAGGCACGAGUUGGCUUCUGUUUGCUGUAGAAUAGGAAACAACACAUUAGUUGAAGAUAAUGUCGUGUUGGACAGACGCAUCGUGGAGAAAACAAAUCCUGAAGUUAAGGUUGAGUGAAUUUUAAACCCAUGUUUUAUCCCAUUUGCCUCAAAUUAUGUUGAUAACUUAAAUAAGCGGAGCUACUUCUUUUUGUUCAUGUCCUUGAUGUCAGUCUAUCAAGGACAAGUCUGUACAGUAGGUUUUGUGUAAUCCUGAGGAUGAACCGACAAAGGGACGGGGGUGAAAACAUAACCUCCUUGGCGAAGAUAAAAAAAAAAGAAGAAGAUAGUGUUUACAGACAACUAUAUCUAAAUCUCAAAAUCACAAAUGGCUUUUCUUUAAUCCCUGUCCCCUCUAAUGUGAUUCACUGUCACAAAGAACAAUCCACAAUUCACCUCUAUCGGCUCCAGCUUGUUGGCUAAUCGAGCUGAGAUCAUCUCCACGAGUUCCUCACACUUCUUGUGUUUUGGGCUUUUGGAGAACAACCUUUUAAAAUGAAGCAAUGUAAAGUCGGCCGUGACUCCCCAGUCACUGCUGGAGAAAAGUUUGGCUCCUAACAAAUUUGUUGCAAAUGGACUAAAACGUGGUUCUUUAAUGAAACGUGUAAUUUCAUCCGCCCUGUUUUCUGUUUGUUCCAUUUGAUUCACAGUCACUUUGAAUGUUGUCAUCAUGACGUCACUUCCCUUGUUUCAUGUCUGUAACGAACACGUCAGCCCCCCCCUCUGCUCAUCAUCAUUAUUAUUAUUAUUCACCACUGUGGUGAGUUCCCCUUCACUGUGCACCAUGUCUCCUUUACUCAUAAUGAUGAUGAUGACGUGAUGAAGAUCAUCAUGGUGAUUAUUUCCUGUUCUCCCUGUUUCCUUGAUGAGACUAAUAAAAAAUGAGCAUGUUCUCCCCCACUUCCUCCUCC